AUGGAGAGGGGAAACCAAACUGGCGUCUCCGAAUUCCUCCUCCCGGGACUGUCCAACCUGGCAGAGCAGCGGCAGCUCCUCUUCGUGCUAUUCCUCUGGUUGUACCUGCUUGGGGUUCUGGGGAGCCUGCUCAUCGUCCUGGCUGUGAGCUCUGACCCGCACCUGCACACCCCCAUGUACUUCUUCCUCACCAACCUCUCCCUGGCUGACAUCUGCUUCCUGUCCACCACGGUCCCGAAGAUGCUGGUCAACAUUCAGACCCACGACAAAUCCAUAUCCUACGCUGGCUGCCUGGCAAAAAUGUACUUCUUCGUUCUGUUCGCAAGUCUGGACCAUUUUCUCCUCACUGGAAUGGCAUAUGACCGUUACAAGGCCAUAUGUCACCCCCUCCACUACACCACCAUCAUGAGCCCACAGCUCUGUACCCUGGUGGUUGCUGGAUCCUGGAUCUUCAGUUCCCUCCACGCCCUGACACACACCGUAUUGGUGGUUCGCUUGAGUUCCCCGGGAAACCAGACCAGCAUCUCAGAAUUCCUCCUCCUGGGACUGUCCGACCGGGGGAAGCAGCGGCAGCUACUCUUCAUGCUGUUCAUCUGGAUGUACCUGCUCGGGGUCCUGGGGAGCCUGCUCAUCAUCCUGGCCAUAAGAUCUGACCCGCACCUGCACACGCCCAUAUACUUCUUCCUUACCAACCUCUCCCUGGAUGACGUCUGUUUUCUGUCCACCACAGUCCCCAAGACGCUGGUCAACAUUCAGACCCACAGUAAAACCAUAACUUACACUGGGCGAAUGGCGCAAAUGUAUUUCUUCAUUCUGUUCGGAGGUCUGGACCACUUUCUCCUCACUGGAAUGGCUUAUGACCGCUAUGUGGCUAUAUGCCACCCACUCCACUACACUACCAUCAUGGGCCCACGGCUCUGUGCCCUGAUGGUAGCUGGGUCCUGGAUUAUCAGCAGUCUCCAUGCUCUGACACAUACUUUAAUGGUGCUUCGAAUAUCCUUCUGUGCAGACAAUAAAAUUGAUCACUUCUUCUGUGAACCUAUCCAGAUCAUAAAACUUUCCUGCACUGAUCCACUCAUCAAUGAAAUAUUGCUCUGUGUUCUUGCAGUUCUGUUAGGGCUCGGUCCCCUCACGGGCCUUCUGUUCUCUUACAAUCAGAUUUUCUCCACUAUUUUACGAAUCCCAUCUGCCGGGGGAAGGUAUAAAGCCUUCUCCACCUGUGACUCUCAUCUGUCUGUGGUCUCCUUGUUCUAUGGCACUUCCCUUUGUGUCUACUUCAGCCGCCGGUCCACCCAGAAGGCCAGGAAAGACUCUAUAGCAUCCGUGAUGUACUCAGUGGUGACCCCCAUGUUGAACCCUUUCAUCUACAGCCUGAGGAACAAGGACAUGAAAGGGGCCCUGAGAAAAUUCAUCAUUGCAAGGCUGCAGGUGCAGUGGGGUCUGGCAUGUCACCGGUACCUUGCAACCAAAUGGCCCCCGGUUGAUUUGGAAAAGAUCAUUAAGCUGGAGGGCCACUCCACCAUCCCUCCACCGUGGCAGGAUGCAAUAAGCAGAAAGCUGCGGGUCGUGUUUGCUGACAGAUUGUCCAAUGUGUCUGAAUAUAAAUCAACGCACAAGGUCUGGAACUCGAUCAGUGGUCAAGACACCCAGAGCCUGUCCGCUAACUACGGCCUUAACCAGUAUGACCUCCAAUGCAAGUGGACCACUGUGAACCCCGUGACCCCAGUGAUUGUGUGGGGCUGUCGGAAGACCCAGUGGGGAACGUCCGCCUGCUUUGCCCGAAGAAAGACUCCCUGA